UGUUAUUCCAGCAGUAUGUCUGUCUCCAGCACACCCACCAGUAAUGAUGCCUGUCUGAGCAUCGUCCACAGUCUCAUGUGCCAUCGACAGGGAGGAGAGAGCGAGUCCUUCUCCAAACGAGCCAUAGAGAGCUUGGUGAAGAAGCUGAAGGAGAAGAAGGAUGAGUUAGACUCUCUCAUCACAGCCAUCACUACGAACGGAGCUCAUCCCAGUAAAUGUGUGACUAUACAACGCACGCUAGAUGGUAGACUGCAGGUGGCCGGUCGUAAAGGAUUUCCUCAUGUUAUAUACACACGGCUGUGGAGAUGGCCGGACCUGCACAAGAACGAGCUGAAACAUGUGAAGUACUGCCAGUUUGCCUUCGACCUGAAAUGCGACAGCGUGUGUGUGAACCCGUACCACUACGAGAGGGUCGUGUCUCCAAGCAUCGAUCUGUCGGUUCUGACUCUGGGCGGCCCAGCGUGUGUAAGUGUAGGUCCGAGUGUAGAUCCGCUGGUGAAGGAUGAGUUCGAUGCUCAGCCGUCUCAUUCUGCUGCUGAUGGAGGUCACAGUAUUCAAACUAUCCAGCACACAGCCUCCUCCUCUGCCCCGCCCGACGCUUUCAAUAGCCCCGCCCUCCUGCCGCCAGUCAACUCCACAGGCUCCGCCUCCACUUCAGCAUUCACCAGUAUGGCUGCAGGUCCAGCCAAUGCCCCCAGCUCAUGGCCCAGAGGAAGCAAUUUUCCUCCCAGCAUCCCUCAGCAGAACGGCCACCUGCAGCACCAUCCUCCUCUUCCUCAUACGGGCCAGUACUGGUCAGUGCAUAAUGAGCUGGCGUUGCAGCCGCCCAUAUCCACUCAUCCAGCUCCAGAUUACUGGUGCUCGAUUGCGUACUUUGAGAUGGACAUCCAGGUGGGCGAGACGUUUAAGGUGCUGUCUAACUGUCCCGUGGUGACGGUGGAUGGUUAUGUUGACCCGUCAGGUGGAGAUCGCUUCUGUCUCGGUCAGCUGAGUAACGUACAUCGCACAGAGGCCAUCGAGAGAGCCAGGCUUCACAUCGGUAAAGGUGUUCAGCUGGAGUGUAAAGGCGAGGGGGACGUGUGGGUGCACUGUCUCAGUGACCACGCUGUGUUUGUCCAGAGCUAUUAUCUGGACCGUGAGGCUGGACGAGCUCCGGGUGACGCCGUCCACAAGAUUUACCCCAGCGCCUACAUCAAGGUGUUUGAUCUGCGGCAGUGUCAUCGGCAGAUGCAGCAGCAGGCGGCCACGGCUCAAGCUGCAGCAGCUGCGCAGGCGGCUGCGGUGGCGGGAAACAUCCCAGGCCCGGGUUCGGUGGGAGGCAUCGCCCCUGCUAUCAGUCUGUCUGCUGCGGCAGGCAUCGGUGUGGACGACCUGCGGCGUCUCUGUAUUCUGCGCAUGAGUUUCGUCAAGGGCUGGGGUCCCGAUUACCCUCGCCAGAGCAUCAAGGAGACCCCGUGUUGGAUUGAAAUUCAUUUGCACCGCGCUCUGCAGCUCUUGGACGAGGUUCUGCACACCAUGCCUGUAGCCGACCCGCAACCUCUGGACUGAUGCUCCAACAUCAAACCUUCAGAUUUAUUACAGGUCACAUAGCUCAAAAUGACUGACCUCUGACCUCAGCCAUGAACCUCAGCAGAGUCAGAUUUUUUUUUUUUUUUUUUUACGCCAUCUGGCAACACGUUAGAGAACCAGCAAUACUAUAAAACGACACAAACUUUGAUCGAUCCAACAGGACUGUUCAUCAAAACAAAGCAAAAUCAUCUUUUUUUUAAACGAGACCUUCACUUUUGAUGUUCAAAGAGGAAAUGACCUCAUAUUGCAUUUAAUCCAGUUUACAGUGGCCACAUACA